GAGAGAGAGAGAGAAGGAAGGAAGAAGGAAGAAGGAAGGAAGAAAGAGAGAGCUUUAGCUGUGACUGUGGAGCACAAGCCAAGCAAUGGCUGCAUUGCCUUUGAUGCAGAGUGUGGGACUGGUCGAAAAAGAUACAAAUGGCGAUGCCUUGUGGGUCUGGUCUUAUCCCACCAUCACAGCAGAGUUCCGAGAAUUACUCUUAAGGAAGUGUUGUCUCACCGAUGAAAACAAUGUCCUCCACACCUUUGUGUUUGGCCAGUUCAGAAGGACGUGGUAUUAUAUCACGACGACACAAGUCCAGGACCCCACUGCAUUGUCAAAGGUGACUCAUUUUUCUCUCGUGCUAACUGCCAAAGACUACAACCCAGAGAAGUAUGCAUCAUUUGGCAGAGUGUUAUGUAGGAUAUACAUGAAACAUGGCAACCCAGCCAAGAUGAUGGAGAGUUACAUUUCUGUCCUUACUAAAGGCAUCUGUCAAAGUGAGGAGAAUGGGUCGUUUCUUGUCAAGGACUACGACACCAAAAAGGCUUACCUUGCAGGAUCCAUCAAAGACGUAGUAAAUCAGUUUGGAAUGGAAACCAUUAUCCUGUACACCGCGUUGAUGCUAAAGAAGAGAAUUAUCGUCCACCACCCUCGCAUAGAAGCAUUGCAAGAGUUCACCAGGACUUUACCAACACUAAUCUGGCACAGAAAGGACUGGUCAAUACUUCACCCUUACGUUCAUUUGAACCAUGAAGAACUGGAUGCUUUAAAGACCUGCACAGGUUAUGUCGCUGGGUUCACAGACGUAAAGGUGAUUGACCGGUCAGACCUGUACGAUGUGUUUGUGAAUCUCCUGGAGAGUGAGAUCAACGUUAGUCCACAUGCUAAAGAGGCAAUGACAAUGGGUAAACUGCACAAGGACAUCGGCCAACUCAUUGUCCAGUUAGCUGAUGACCCAGACAAAUCAGACAGUCAAGUCAUCAAGGAAAUUUCAUUGAACAAAGAAAUAUUGACUAAUCUGGCCUCCCUGGCCUCAGCGUCAGGUGAGAAUCGGAAGCCCACCAUCACCCUGGAGGUCUUGAAAGAGCGUCGCUUCCCACCGGCGACCGAAAACUUCCUGUAUCACCUGGCGGCCGCUGAGCAGAUGCUUCAGAUAUGACUCGAUUGUCCUUUUCCAGCCGGCACUGUGCCAGCGCAUCAACAAAGAUCCUUGUAGAGACAGCAUCCUCUUUAAGGACCUUGUGCAAGAGAGCAGAGCUGAACACAAUGUUUCUGGUCUCUCAGCAAAUCAUUCUGUUCAAGAGCACUCACCAGUGAUCUGUCCGUCAGUCACGAGAAGAUCUGCUGACUCAGUUGUCAGCCUCAUUCUCUUUGUGUUCAAAAGUGUGUGGGGGUGGGGGGGGCAUGUGACACAUCCUGUAAAGCCCAUAUGUGUGGAAAUGCACAUUAGAAACAAAAUUCUUCCCCCAAUUGUUAUUGAAAAAAUGGGUAACUCCUGUUCCAACAACAACUUGCAUUUAUAAUGCACCCCUCACACAGGGCGAUGCACUCCUCACAUUUCCAAAACGCAUCUCAGAGAGCUUAAUCAGUGUAAACUAUUAUACUUUAAUGUGGAUUCCUGUAGCUCAGUUGGUUAGAGCACUC